AUGGUAACGUCUCUGCAAAAUGGUCUGCUGUCGGGAGCCACAGCAGUUUUCGCCUGGGCUACAAACGUCUACAACUGUGGAUUCCUCAAUGACUUCUUCAUGGUGACUCCUAAUUCGACAAUUGCGCAGCGUAAUAUUGACCUCCUGCAGACGCUCAUGGAGGUCAUUCACCAAAAUCUUUUUCUCGGAGGCCGACAUAACUUGGAGGUCUACCGGUGGCUCCCCGCUGAGCUUCAGGAUGGCAAUGGGUACUCUCAACAAGUAGCAAUUCUAACCGGUGUCACGGUCCUCUUUGCCCUCCUCCUCCUUCUCCUCCCUCUUGCCCUCGUUACUGUGAGCUGCAACUGUCCAUGCUGUUGUAAGAGGGAUAGGAAUGUUGAUGGAAAACUCACAAAACAUAUGGCUGCUCAGAGAUCUUUGCCUCAAGACAAAGAGAUCCACCAUGACCCUUACCUCCUGGAAAAACUCCACACUCAGGCCCUCAAAUCGAGCAAAUCCUUCGAAAAAAACGUUGACAAGCUCCUCAUCUGCCAUGUGGCAGUUUUUGUCUUCACUUUUGUGCUUCUUCUUGUUCUCAUGGUAAUGAUUUGCAUCCUCUUUGAUACCGGCCACCUUGUCAUUGAUAUGCUGGCGGAAAAUCGGUCCACAUCCACUCCUGCAACCUUCAACCCCGACAACUUCAACUUGCUCGGUGGUCUAAACUAUGUCUUUGCCCAGACUCUCGAUUUUCUGAUAUCCGGUACCGCCUCUGGAAACGCCUCUACCGCUAACUUUUUGGUUCGAGUCAACUCGACGUUCAUGACUCUUUUGGAAGGUCGCGUAGCAGUUGCGGUAGACAGUUUACUGGAGAAGUAUGGCGUUCAACAGCUUGUACAGACUGGAAACCACUUACAAAGUGCCUUGAAUGUUGUCAAAGCCAAUAUGGAGAGUAUUCGAUUGAACAAUCAAAAGGUCAGCUCGGAUAUCUCCAAUCUGGUUGGUCAGUUUAAGGUCCAUCAUGACCUUAUUGUGGCCGAUCUUAAAAACGCGUGUACAAUCAACCUGGGAGUUGAAAUAGCAGCACUAUGCACCAGUCUUCAGAACCGCACUUCAAUCCUCCUGCUUCAAUUCAACGCCUCCGCAAUCAAAGUUGACCCGCCUGCAGUGUUGAAUUUCGUCUUCACCCAGCUGGGAAUAGACCUCUCCGCGAUCCUUGAUCAAUUUAGUCAGUUCACUUCAAAGAUCCUCGAGGUUAAAGAUCAAAUUCUCGCCAAAGUUGCCACCUUACUUGACCUCCAUUCCUUCUUUUCUUCGCUUAUUCAAGUUUGGAACGCUGUGGCAAACGAAACUACGGCGUUAAAUGUCACUUUUACUAAACUUACCGGACAGGUGGAGCAAGGCAUCGGAACUGUUCGACCCUAUAUAUAUGCCAUGGUCUACAUACCGAUUACUAUCUUUCUGGGUAUCCUUCUUGCAUAUUUAAUCAUUGCAGUGCUCUACGUCCUGGAGGCUAAGAAUACAAAACUCUUCUAUAUGGAUGGCAAUGUUGCUAUCACCUCAUCACACGUCUGCAGCAAUCGUUGCAGCCUCAUUCACGCCGUCCUCUUCACCGUCUUCCUCACUGUGGCCAGUAUUUUCAUUAUCAUUGCCCUACCUACCUGCGUCCUCCUUGUCAGCGAUGGUUGUGCUUACCUAACGGACCAGCGUGGAGUUGGGCAGUCGGAUUACGUGCUCAACUCCUUUGUGGCUUCUGAAUUGUGGCUAUCAGUGGUAAGACAAGUGCAAACUUUGAUGAGAGGCUCGGUUAAUGGGUUUCUCGUACUCCCGCCACCCACAAAUAUCAUCAACGCUACAACAGUACUCUGUGGAAGAGAAACACGUAGUGCCCAGAUGGGACUCCUGGGAGCUGUUGGAUGGAGGUCUUUAAUCAACAUAUCUGCCCUCUUAAGUACCAAGGAGGUGACAGAUAAAAUUAAUAAUGGGGAGAACACAAUUAAAAAUGAGAUCAUCAAACUGAAUUUGGCUAGUCUCAUUCCAAAGGACUUGGAUAAAAUCGUGAUCACGGCGCAGAAUCUGACCCAGUACUUCGACAACAUUAACUAUCAGAUUUUCAACAAUAAUACAGCCCUCCUUGCUCCAGUAUCUCAAGUCUAUUGGCAGUUGGUAAAUGCGUUCAAGGUGGAUCUUAAUGUCAAUCUCACUUCAGUGAUCGAGACAUUUGUGCAAGGUCUCUUUCCUUGUUCUCAACUAUACGCAGCCUCCGAUGCUCUGUUGACCAUGGUCUGCCGACAAAAUGGGGGGGUCGCCCGACUGUUCACUUGGUUCUACACACUGGCAAUUGCGGUGAUUAUCACAACAUUGCUUUGCUUUAAUGUAUAUUACCUCGGUUUUGUACAAUCGCAUCACUUCCGACGACUCCACUACAAGCAAUAUCAACCACACACCUCACCUUCACAGAAUCGAUAUGUCUCCAUGCCAUCUGGCAGGUAUGCUGCGCCACAAACUACGCAAAGCUCAUCGUCACCCUACUACCAAAUACCUCCCGGUCAGGCACAGCAACAGCAAAAUUUCCGACUGACAGCACCUAUUCCAGCCAUCUACGAGUAUACCGAUCGACGUGGAUUCGAUCUUGGGGACUUUAAGUUUGCUGAACUCUCGGGAUUAAGUGGUUCAAUCCCGGAAAGUGAUGACAAUUCGGAGCAUGAAGCUUCCAGUUAUCAGCCUGUGCCGCUGCCGAGGAGUGGCAGGCGAUAUUCACAAUCUAAAUUUUACGAGGAACAAAAGGAACAGGAAGGAGAACAAGAACAAGAGCAAGAGCGGCACGAAGAAGAGGGAAUAGAGGCAAAACAAGAUGAAGAAAAACUGAAAGCAGAUACGAAAGAAGAGGAGUCACAGCACCAGAUCUCUGACCAUGAUAUUUAA